CUGCUUGCAGACUCCAACCAUACAGACCCAGCAGGCGCAGCGGAGCGUUACGUUUACGGGACGAGUGCGCAACUUUUGUUUUGUACUCACUUUGCCGCAGUAAAGGAGCUCCUUCAGGUCUAAACAGUUCGUACUACGUCUUGUGAGACACCAAGAGUCGUAUUUGUUGUCCGUGGAGUCGUCGUUGUUGUGUGAGUGAGUGUGUGUAUGUGUAUGUGUGAGUGUGUGUGAAGGCAGCUCGGUUCAACAAUGGCGACGGCGGCUGCGAUGUCUGGUCCUGCCGGCUGUGGCGGCACUAAUCUCGGCUCUGGGACCGAGCUUGUCCGCGGCCAGGCCUUCGACGUGGGCCCCCGAUACACCAACCUCUCCUACAUCGGAGAGGGAGCGUACGGCAUGGUUUGUUCAGCAUACGAUCGGGAUAAUAAAGUGCGUGUGGCCAUAAAGAAGAUCAGUCCAUUUGAACAUCAGACGUACUGCCAGCGCACUCUCCGCGAGAUUAAGAUCCUGCUCCGCUUCAAACAUGAGAACAUCAUUGGAAUCAAUGACAUCAUCCGUGCGCCCUCCAUCGACCAGAUGAAAGAUGUCUACAUCGUACAGGACCUGAUGGAGACUGACCUGUACAAACUGCUGAAGACUCAGCACCUAAGCAACGACCACAUCUGCUACUUCCUGUACCAGAUCCUGCGUGGGCUGAAGUACAUCCACUCAGCCAACGUCCUCCACAGAGACCUGAAGCCCUCUAACCUGCUGCUUAACACCACCUGCGACCUCAAGAUCUGUGAUUUUGGGCUCGCCCGUGUAGCAGACCCGGACCACGACCACACCGGGUUCCUCACAGAGUAUGUAGCCACACGCUGGUACCGUGCACCGGAGAUCAUGCUCAACUCAAAGGGUUAUACCAAGUCUAUUGACAUCUGGUCAGUUGGAUGCAUUCUGGCGGAGAUGCUCUCAAACAGACCCAUUUUUCCUGGAAAGCACUACCUGGACCAGCUGAACCACAUUUUAGGCAUCCUUGGCUCUCCCUCACAGGAGGAUCUGAACUGCAUCAUUAACAUUAAGGCCAGGAAUUACCUGCUGUCUCUGCCGCUGCGCUGCAAAGUGCCCUGGAACCGCCUCUUCCCUAAUGCCGACCCUAAAGCCUUGGACCUGUUGGAUAAGAUGUUGACCUUUAACCCCCAUAAGAGGAUUGAGGUGGAGGAGGCCCUGGCCCAUCCUUACCUGGAGCAGUACUAUGACCCAACUGAUGAGCCGGUUGCUGAGGCUCCGUUUAAAUUUGACAUGGAGCUGGAUGACCUGCCCAAAGAGACUCUAAAGGAGCUGAUCUUUGAAGAAACGGCACGUUUCCAGCCAGGCUACAGAGCAUAACCUACUACAGAUGUGGCUCUGGACUUGAUCGUGCUGGCGCUUCUGUCUCUUCUCAGUCUUCAUCAUCAUCAUCAUCCUCUUCUUGCUGAACCCCAGAACUACAGUCAGUUAUCAGAAUCAUCACCUCCUUUUCAACCCCUAAACCACCAUCAGGAGAUGGAGUCCUUGUUACCCCCCUCCUUUCUCACGCUCAUUAUUCUUUCCCCUUGUAUCUUGUAAGAUUUGAGUUUAAAAAGAAGGGCGUGUACGUGAGGAGGAGGAAGAGGAUAGAGUACAAGCUGACCAGAGGAUCGCGGAGGGUUUUUGCUUCAGACUAACCCUCGGCCCUGGUCACGUUUUGUCUUAUGCUUCAGUAAAAGUCUGUGAUUGUGUAACUGCUGUGCUUUCUUCUAUUCUAAGCUUCAUGUCAAUCUUACUCCUAUGAAACUGCUUUUCUGUAAAGCGUCUGUAAAGCCAUUUCUUAAGUCCCUUUGAGGCCAAACCUAAAGCAGGGAGAGACUGAGGGCUCUGACCUCUGUUACCGUUGCAUAUAUGCAGUGGACACACAUUUAUUCACAGGGUGCGUCUCGAAUUUCCUCAAAGCGCACACGUCUCAAUUUGCCAAGGUGCCAUUUUUUUAGGCUUUUAAUUAACUUCUCUACCAACCUCUACAAACCUGCACUCGUACAAGUUAACAGGUACACGCCACGUGCUCCUCGAAUUGAGCUGAAAAUGUUUUUAUUUCUUUUCUUAAUGUAUUACUGUUUCUUAGCAUGUUGUAGAAGUUCCUGCAUGAUGCACAAUUCUAGCUGUGUCCGGGCUAUCGAAAGGCAACUUGUACUGCAUUACAGCAUUGACUUGUCUAAAGAAUUAGAUUAGAUUAGAUUAGAUUAACACAGCCUUGUAAAAUCCUCAGUCAUGUCGAUCUAGAUUGGUAGAAAAACAAAUCUCAUGAACUCAAGCACCAAAGAAAUGACUGCUUUGAGGUUAUUUUGGCACCUUGGAGAAAUGUGUACCAUAUGUGUCCAUAUUGUUAAUAGUGAUAGACUUAUAAGGCAGGGCAUUGCCUUAGCUGCCUAUAGAGUGCUGGUCAGGGGAAAGUUCCAGGGUGGAGGUCAGCUCUGAAUCAAGUGCUUCUGGUGGAAAAGAAGCGCACAGGGCUUUUGGGGAAGGGUUGGGAUGGGAGGGUGUCAGACUUUUCAAGGAUAAUUUGUGGCUUCAUCUGGCCACGUAAAAAGUUAUUACUGAAACACUUGCGACCUAAAGUACAGUGCCUCCUUGUUUGUUUUCUCUUUUUCUGGUAUAUCUUUGUCGCUCUCUCUCGCUUUCUCUUCUUCCAUUGUGUCCCCCCUUCCCCUCUGUUUCUCUUGCCUUCUAUCAAUAAGACUGUGUCCUUGCAUGACUGUUAAAAAAGCUUUCUAUACAAAGAAAAUGGAAGUGCCACACUGCUGGGGAUUCCGCAUUGGGACUCUCAGGUUUUUUGUUAUAUCCGACCUUUCCUGUUCCCACAUUUACUAUAUAGUAUAAGAUGCUACUUUUCUCUCCUUUAGUAGUGUUUUUUUUUCUUCUUCUUCUUUCCUCAAUUCGCUUGUACAUUUUGAAUGCACAUGUUUUUCAAGCCAGGUUCCUUUUAGCAUACAACGAACUAUUUUGGAGAUUUUUCAAAGAAAAAAAAAAAAAACAACAACAACAAACUCAGCCGGAAGAAUCUUGAUGUCAGGUUAAGUUGUAAAAGAGGACAGCUUGAAGUUGACGGCCUCUAGCCAUGUAGGUGUUCACUACAGGAAAACACAACCAACCUCCCAUUUUACUAAAUGCCAAUCAACGCUGUGCUUUCUUGCUUACAGUGAGCGAAUUACAUGGUUGCAUCAGGAGACGAUGACGAACUAGGCUUGGCAGUAAGUGAACGAGACGCAGUAACUUUGUGCCACCUAAAGAGCAAAACAGCACUUAUUGAUGAACUGUUGGUAUGGGAAUCUAUCAGGUAGCAUUGGGAGAUAACAUGAUGGGAAAGAGACAGAUUUUAAGCUGUCUGCAUCUUUAAGGCUUGAGCACCAUGUUCCUCUCUUACUGGACUUGCUCUUUGGUGCAUUGACCCUUUGCUGCUGUUGCCUAAAUAUACAGCCAGCAUGGUGCCAUCUAGUGGCAGUUUGGCAGGUGCUGAACAGGAUGUCGGUGUAGUUGAGCGGAGAACGGGCUGUUUUUCCCUGAAAAGCACUGCAAAACCCUGUAAGAUAGCUUCAGCCAAGUCUGUGUGCAGCAUGUCUGUUCUGUGUGCCUUUACUCAUCAUGAAUAACGGUUUAUUGUGCAGCUUUGUUUCGUCUGGGAUCAGUUGUGAUUUUUGCGGUAUAUUCUUAAAUACAUAUAUAUAAAUCUAUAUUUAAAAAAAAUACAGUAAAACCAACAAAAAUAUAUAUCUUAACUCUGUUGAUUUAUGUAAUUUUAAGUCCUAUUUGCCACAGCUUUUGUGAUUUUUGUGAUUUGAAUUUUGAGAAGGUGAAAAAGGCUUUAUUUCUGCCUCUUGAUUUGAACUCCACCACCCCAACCCCCCCCCAUCUGUUUUUCCUUUUUGAAUGUUUUGUGCAAGACUAUUGUAAAAUGAAUGUCAUGUUUCUAGUGGUUAUUAAUCUUGUAAUUGUUUCCAUGUGUUAAACUCCUCUGUAAAGAACGUUCUAAUCAACGGAUUACUUUUGUUGUGGAUUUCACUUACAAGUUUAACAUCUGCCCCUUGACCUUCACUUGAGUGUAUUUUUUGGGGUGUGGAUGUAAUCGUUUUAUGGGGGAAACAUUAUAAUUGAACAUUAAAACAUUUGAAAUGUGUUGCACCUUGAAAAAAAGUGAUUAUUACAGAGGUUUGUCUUUGCUGCGGAUGGACAGCCUUUUUUAUUACCAAUUAUUACCAUUAUUUGAGUUAAUUUUGCAUCUGCCAAGUUAUGUAACCUAGACGCACCAGAAUAAACACUGUAUCCUA